AUGACAGAAUACAAGCUUGUGGUGGUGGGUGCUGAAGGCAUGGGAAAGAGUGCCCUGACCAUCCAGCUGAUCCAGAAUCAUUUUGUAGAUGAAUAUGACCCCACCAUAGCGGAUUUCUAUCAGAAACAGGUGGUCAUUGAUGUGGAGACAUGUCUGCUGGAUAUCUUAGACACAACGGGUCGGGAGGAAUGUUAUGCCGUCUGGGACCAAUGCAUGUGCAUAGGAGAGGGUUUCCUCUGUGUGUUUGCCAUUAAUAACACCAAGUCCUUUGAAGACAUUCAUCAGAACAUCAAGCGGGUGAAGGAUUUGGAUGAUGUGCCAAUGGUGCUGGUAGGGAACAAGUAUGACCUGGCUGCUCGUACUGUUAAGUAUUGGCAGGCCCAGGACCUUGCCCGCAGCUAUGGCAUCCCCUACAUCGAAACAUCAGCCAGGACCCAGCAGGGUGUGGAGGAUGCCUUCACACUUGUAUGUGAGAUUCAGCACCACAAACUACAGGAGCUAAACCAUCCUGAUAAAGAGUGGCCCUGGCUACAUGAGCUGCAAGUGUGUGCUAUUGUGGCAUCAGAUGGCGGUACUCCAGCUGAUGGUCGUCCUGCUCUUCCUGGCUCCUGUUACAGCCUGGAGGUCUCAUUCCCACACCACUGCUGCCCCCACAUCCUUCGGCCUCCCUGUCUUCCCUACAGCAGCCUCUGACACCCACCCCAGGAGAACUCUAUCACCUGCUUCCAGUAUCCACUACCACU